AAAGAACUUCCCCAAUUCAAUUAACAAUUAAUGUAUUCGGCUAACGUCACCUCAAGGAGUUACGCUAAAAUUUUAACUACCCGCUCUCCUGGCUAGAAUUAACAAUCUAGCUGCGAUUCAGAAGAGGGGUUUUAUAUAGCAAAGAUAAUCUAUUGAAAUUGAUAGACGAUGUAACAUCAUAGAUAUGGCAAUUUGCUGCCUACUCGAGAUCACCGCUUUUUUCGUGGUUAUUCAUCAUGGCAUUCAAGCUGAGAUACAAAUUGCCGCACCAAGCAAUGUGACGGUUUACAACAAAACAGGCGAUAGCUUGUUCGUCCAAUGGAGUGAGGUAAUAGGAGAGAUCCUUGGUUACAGAGUGCGUCAUCAGCGAAAUGAUACUCCUGUCGCCCUUGACAAAAAUGGAACAUUGAGUAAUAACAGCUCGAUAUUUGUUUGCAAAAACGUAACGGCUGUGAAAAUCGAAGAAUUGGAAGUAUAUACAGACUAUCAUGUCGAAGUAAGAGCAUUUAACAACGCAACUUUUGGGCCAAAUGCUACCAUUGCAGUUUUUCGUACGGAUGAAGGCGGUGAGUAA